GCCACAUACCGAGCGCUGACUUUGAGCAGUUAGGACGGAAAAUUCGCUUUCCCCGUUCGGUGCCGUGAUUCUUUCUGGUAGUGUGGAAAUUGGUAGUUUCAUUUUUGGGUGUUAUAAACGGUGCAAUAGUUGUUAGUGCAAUAGAAGCUGAUAUUCAGAAGGGGUCUCAAGUGGAUCCGGUGUCGGUGCCGUUACUAGACAAAGUACCUGCUGUAGAAAACUCCUUUCCCAAGUGUAUCGCCACCUAGGUCGAACCAUCCAAGCUACAGUAAAACUCGGACUGUUGGUGUUAGUGCUUCAUCGGAAAAAGCUUCCCAAAGUGCGUGUAAGUGGUAAUAUUAUUGAAAGAAAGAAGAGAAAAUCCUAGUAGAAUAACACCCCACGGCGCCGGUGGUGGAGUCCGCACAGCGGGAAGAGCCAAGGAAAAACAGAGGAAAAUCGAAAUCAAACACCGUUGCAUACCUGUCUCACCUUUCUGUUUUCGGUUUUCCGCCUGGUUUGUUUUCCCUUCUCUGCCCAGCUAGUGGGGCACGCGUUCGCGUUUUGUGUUAGUUGUCGUCGUCUCUAGACGGUGCUCGCGUGUGGUUUAUUACCGGUGUUUUCCAUAUCUGUCUGUGGGGGAAACAAUACGAAGAAGGAAAAUACACAUUUUAUUAAGCAAGGACGAAUCAAGCAUAUAACACAGACGAACAUUGGUGUUAGCGGAUCUACGCGUAAUCCAACGCGACGCAGGCAAAGCAAAUCGGAAAAGAGAAUAAGGUUUCACAUUCUUUAUUGCAGGUUUCCCCCGUCCGGAAGCCCCCGCUCCUGUCACCCCUCCCGACCGCCUAAGGUAAUCAGCGGACUUCGAAGCGGUCCUCUCUCCCUCCCAUCACACCAUGGAUCUGCAGCAGCAAAAGGUACACAUUGAAAAGGCUCAGAAUUUCAUGCGCCAGUACCGGGAUCCGGAAUCGCGGGAGCUGAAAAAACUGUCCGCCAAUCAGUUUAUGGACGUUUGGAGUCACUACGAUGGGGAUGGAAACGGCUACAUCGAAGGCACCGAGCUCGAUGGGUUCCUCAAAGAGUUCGUUUCCAGUGCAAAUGCGACCGAUCUGGGACCUGAGUCACUGACGGACGAGAUGUUGGUCGAGCUCAAAUCCUGCUUCAUGGAAGCAUACGACGAUAAUCAGGACGGGAAGAUCGACAUCCGAGAGCUCGCCCAACUUCUGCCGAUGGAGGAAAACUUUCUGCUACUGUUCCGAUUCGACAACCCGCUGGAAUCGAGCGUGGAAUUCAUGAAGAUCUGGAGGGAAUACGAUUCGGACAACAGUGGUUACAUCGAGGCAGAUGAACUAAAGAAUUUCCUCCGGGACCUACUGAAGGAAGCCAAGAAGAUAAACGACGUGUCAGAGGAUAAAUUAAUUGAGUACACCGACACAAUGCUUCGGGUAUUCGACGCCAACAAGGACGGUCGGUUGCAGCUCUCCGAAAUGGCCAAAUUGUUACCUGUUAAGGAAAACUUUCUUUGUCGACAAGUGUUUAAGGAGGGCAGAAUAGACGAAGAAGGCGCUGCCAGACUGACGAAGGACGACAUCGAGAAGGUGUUUUCGCUAUACGACAGGGACAACAAUGGAUCCAUCGAGAAUGAAGAGCUUCGCGGCUUCCUGAAAGACUUGCUAGAGCUUGUCAAAAAGGACUACGACGCACAAGACCUGAACGAGUUCGAGGAGACCAUCCUACGGGGGGUCGGCUAUGACAAAGAAGGCAAAAUUUCCCGCAAGGAGCUGACCAUGAUCUUGCUAGCGCUCGCAAAACAACCCCCAGAGGACGACCAGUAAUAUGGGGAAUGCACUUCUCUCGUUUCGCACCAGCCGCCGCCGCCGUUGCAUCGAUCGUCCUCCAGUCACCACCACCGUCGUCUGUCCAGAGCCGGUUCGCUAACAUCGGCCCUGGCAGUGCAUCCCAUUGCCAAGCUGCGUACGAUGCUCGGUCUAGGGCACCAGCAUAGUCAGCAUGGCAACGGGUCCACCAGCGCUGGCAGCAGCAACUGUCCCGACAACGGUCACCCAACGGAACCAUCGACUUCGGCGUCGGCGUCACACUCCAAUGUAGAAGAACCACCCCUAGCAGCAGAAGAUACCGCAAGUAGUUCAGAGCAACCGCAACAGCUUCUGCCGGUAGUCGUCGUCCACGAUCGAGUCCGAGACUUCUAUCGUCGGAUCAUGCGACGCGGCAAGAAGGAGUAGAUCCAGUAGAACACUCAAGCACAUCCAAACAAUUACAAACACCAAACACGCGCAUUAGAUCUAUGCAACAGUAGGUCAGUUCCGAGAUCUGAUCUCCACCAAAAACCAUUUAUAAGAAGCUGAACGAAUAUUGAAGCAAAUUUGCGUCUGGAAUACCUACCACGCGAAAUACCAGGGGGUUUGAAACAUUAUUGGCGAAUCGAUCGAGGAGAACAAACAAAUUUCUGUAAAAUUAAGGAUCAUAAAACGAAGAUGACUGGGCUGUUUGAUUCACAGCAACCCAGUAAGUGCCCUGAACAGUGCACAAUUCAAUCCGUCUUAUGAAAAUUGUCUUUUUCGGGAUCCGAGAUCCAGAAACACAAAACAAAACAAAAAGUAAAAAGAUGAACAAAGUCGUUUUCCCAAUUCAAGCUUCGGCCCGCAUAUAACUAAAAUUUGUCUUUCAGUCCCUUCGUGGUUCUCAUAUCACUUUUCUAUGCACUUAGAUGGAACUAUAGAACUGCUUGACGCUUUCAUUUGUUAUCGUUUAUUGAAUCGAGUUCAUGUCUAUUGUGAUCCAUUCUGAAUCUGGAACAUUAAAAUCAGCAAUAUCUCUUGAUUGUAGGGUUUGUAGUUGUAGGGAUGAGACGUAGUGUCAAAAACGGCAAAAAAAUACGGGGCCUUUAAGUUUUACAACGAUCGUCCGAAUGACAUUAUUUGCUCGAAUACCAUUAAUCGGAAUGUAACAAAUACCCGAUUCCAAACCCCCGGAUAGACAUCAGCAGAAAUUGACUAUUGACCUGAAUGGCACAAACAGGUACAGUACUCGACCUACAUAGCAUAGCCAAUCAUUUGCCUUAAAAUUCCUUGGAAUUAUCAAGAAAUGAAUGACUACUUCCUAUUAAACAGUAUUUCCUCUGAGCUGUCCACAAGACUGAGUAUAUCUACAACGUCGUUACAUCUAUGCUUGGAGUAUUUUGGAGCUGUAUAAUCGUCGUGACUUUAUAUGUACGUCAACUAAAUAUUGUUUAUUAAAUUUUUUCUUCCGAUUUUAACUCUAAGCUCUCCAAAAUCUGCCGCGUUUUACACGAUAUACAAUUUUGUACUUUUUAUACACUGGAUACAGCUCAUGGUUCAUGCGCCUAUGCCAUGCAUCAUUUCCUGGCUUCUCACCCAAUAUGGUAAGGGAGGUAGGGAGCCCCCGUAAGGGUGGUCCAAAAUACAUCCUUUACCCUAUUCUAGGCAGCAUCUCUCGCUCGAAACCCCCCAAAAAGGUUUGUCUUCUAUGCUUCAUGUCCGUAAAGGUAGACCGGGAAAAUUACAUUUGAUGCCCAUCAGCAUCUGUUACUUAAUUCGUGGGGCGCAUUCGAGGAUGGAGAGAUGCGGCCUCGAACCGUGUAUUGUGGCGUCAAAUUGUUGAUUCAGUAUUUUCUGUUUAGAUGUAAACUAAAUAAAUGAAAUUGAACAUGAUCCGUACAAGGCCCUUAUUUCACAGAAUCAGGAAAUGUUAUUGUUAAACGUGAAACAAGGUUAAACGUGAGGGCAAAAGUUCAGCUGGAAUAUUAUAAAACCUGAUUAACGCCCUAAAAUAAUACGUACAUGUCAGCUUGUCAGAAAUCUAGCGUGAGCAGAGUAGAAAGUUGUAUCCGUUCCGUGUAGUAAAAUGUUGAUGGAAAUAUGAAAAUUGGGUC